UGGGUAAAACGCUGUCCGAGACAGCGUUUUAUUCCCUGUUUUUUUUUUUAAAUGAAACGCUGUCCGGGACAGCGUUUCAUGGCCAUAUAUCAGCAUGUUCACUUCAGCAGAAUGCGCAAGAACUCAACCUCAACCUCAACGCUUUCCCUCCUCCCUCUCACACUAAACCACGACCGUACUCAAACACCCGCAUUGUCGCCGCCGCCCACCCUUGCGCCACCGCUGCUGCCGCCACCUUGCUGCUGCCCUCCUCCCUCUCACACUCACUCACUCAAUUUCGUGAUACGAUGGACGGUGAAGAUCGUACGCCUGGACCCGUUGACCCUUCUGUGCUUACACUGUCGGGGGGAGCAGGACCAGGACGACCAGUACCAGGCGUACGAUGCUCCCCCGCUCCCUACACCGGAUGAGGCAUAUGGUUGCAGGUGGGUGGUACCCAGGCUGACACAUGCUCAUGCGGCGAGGGGUCUUCCGUAUUACCGAGACGCCCUAGACCGACUCACCGAGGACCAGGUGACAUGGGACCCGUAUGUACCUGACUUGGUAGAUGCCAUGCCUCCACAUCUGCUAGACCAUCAGGCGGAGUGGCGUGCUAGGGUCCCCCUGAUCUGUUUCGAGGUUGUGGAGAGUCACCUGCCCGACCGAGUCAUGAGGCAGUUUGGACUACGCCAGACUAUCCCACAGGGGUGUGACACUAGUGUACAGCUUCACGGCAUUGAUCGUCGGGGAAAGGGGGAGACCAGCUGGGCGCUGGAGCAUUGGCGUUUCCUUCAGCUAUGGGAGCAACGGUUGGAGUUCAUCGUUGGAGGUGAUCUAAUGCAGGGGGCUAUGGAUCCCGACGAUCCGUACAUGGUGUGGUACAGGCGUAUCACACGACGCUUCAUCAACCCCAGCUACGCACCACCAUCCACACAUUACCAUCCAGCAUAUGACAUCAUUAGCGGAUAUGCGGCGGAUAUGGUGGCGAUGGUUGAUGCGCUAUCAGUCUCCCUUGAGUGCGGACCCACUAGAGCCCAGGUCGAGCAGGUGCGAGAUAUGGGCGUCGCUACCUUACGGAGAUAUGGUCACGCUCAUCUCGCCCACCGGCGGGACGGUCAUGAUGGCAACUCACAGUUCGAUCUCGGCCAGAGCAGCGGUGGAUGUGAUCCUACGUCACCCAGACACGCAGAGGAUUACAACAUCCACAGUACUGCGCCCUCUGGUACCCAGGAGGACCCCUCGUCCAGUCAGCUGACUCCCCCACCGCCCCGAGACCCAUUCACCACCGUCACUCAUUACAGGCGGCGACGUGUCAGACGGAGGGCCGACACUCAGGAGGCAGGACCUUUACCCCGAAUAAAUGAGUCGGGCUAGUAUUAUCUGUUGUAUUCCCUGUUAUUUUGUGUAAUGAUGUACAUAACACUUAUGAAAUUAAUAUAAUAAAUCUUUUUUGAAUGACUCCGUGUGUGCUUUGAAGUUAAUUUGGUGGUUGGACUGUUGUUGGGCUGUUUCGAGUUUUCUGCAGUGCUUAAAGUUGACGGAACUCCCAGAAUAUGGUGGUGGUACGUGGUGGGGAGUGGCGGAGUUGGUGGUCGACGGUGGUGGGGUAGGGCUGUGGAGCUGGCUGUUGUGGUGGCUGUUGGAGGACUGCAGCAUGCAAGCUGUUUGCUGAAGCUUGUUUUCUGCCUGGAUGCUGGUUGCUGUUUCCAGCAGAAAAGCGCUGUCUCAGACAGCGCUUUAU